GUGAUGCACCUGAGGUGAACAAGAGCAAGAAAAAGGGAGAAAGUGAUAAAAACAAGAAGAAAAAGAGCAAGAAGGCAAAGGAGGAGACUGAAACAGAGGAUGAAGAGGUAAGCAGAAACAGUGAGGAUGAACACAACAACAACAACAAACCAAAACCCAAGCCCAGGAAAAAAAGUGUUGAGAAGAUUCCCGAUGUUGUUGAAGUGACCAAGGACAGCAAAAAGGACUCGAAGAAGAACUCGUCUAGAAAAGGAAGCCAAGAAAGUGCGAUGGGAGCCAAAGACAAAAAGUCCAAAGACGAAGGCAAGAAGCAGAAGAAGGCAGAAAAAGAGGAGCAAGAAGAAGAGGACGAUGACGCGCCGAAAAAGAAAAAGGACAAGAAGGCUAAGAAAGGAUCCACAGACAGCGACGAUGAGGGCAAGAAAGGAAAGGGCAAGAAAAAGAAGACAAAGAAUGUUGACUAUGUGGAAAUCUAUGAGAACGAGUUGAGGAAUUAUGAGGCAGAGAAGGUAGAGAACUAUGAGGAUGAAUAUCAUAAAAAGAAGGUGUAUGAAGUGGUCACCAUCACUGGAGACGUAGCCGGGGCCGGCACCGAUGCCAAUGUCUUUAUCUCUCUUUUUGGUGAAUAUGGAAUAACUCCCAAGUUGCACCUUGCCAGCAAAAAUCGUACUGCUUUUGAGAAAGGCAAGACGGAUGUCUUUCGGAUAAAAACUCACAACGUUGGGUCUCUAAAAAAGAUUAGGAUUGAACAUGAUAACACUGGUUUAAAUGCAAGCUGGUUCUUGGACCGUGUGGUGGUGACAGACAUGAACAGACCCCACUUGCGCUUCUACUUUGCCUGUAAUAACUGGCUCAGCAAAAAGGAGGGAGAUGGACUUUUUGUGCGGGACCUGCUGGGCACUGUGGACCCCUCGGAUAUGCCAAAAUAUAAUAAAUAUGUUGUGAGUGUAUUCACUGCAGAUGUCAAGGGCAGUGGCACGGAUGCUGAUGUAUUCAUUAAUAUAUUUGGGGAAACUGGAGAUACUGGUGAAAGGAGACUGGAUAAUGACAAAAACAAUUUUGAGAGAGGAACAGAGGACAAGUUUACCAUUGACGCGCCAAACUUAGGAAGAAUAAGGAAGAUCACCAUUGGCCACAACAACAAGGGCUCCUCAGCUGGAUGGUUUGUGGAAAAGGUGGUAGUGGAUGACCUGGGAAACAAGGCCUUGUAUGAGUUUCCUGUAAGUCGUUGGUUUGCCAUAGAUGAGGAUGAUGGGAAAAUUCAAAGGGAUAUUCUAGUGGGAGGAAGUCAGCCAACAGGCAUUGUUUACAACGUGCAAGUGGUGACAGGAAACAUCAGGGGAGCUGGCACCAACUCCAAAAUCCACAUGAUUAUGCACGGCUCCAAGGGCUUAAAGAACAGUGGAAAGGUCUUUCUGGAGGGAGGCAAAUUUGAACGUGCCCUCACCGACAUAUUUAAUAUAGAGAUUGCUGCUCUGCUCAGCCCUCUCAGCCGUGUGACUAUUGGCCAUGAUAAUGGAGGGGUUAAUCCUGGGUGGUACUGCGAUAAGGUUGUAGUCUUCUGCCCAUUCACUGGGAUUGAGCAGACCUUCCCUUGUUGUAGGUGGCUGGAUGAGGAUGAGGGAGAUGGACUGAUUGAGAGAGAACUGUAUGAGAUGGUCUCACUGCGGCAGAAAAGACAGAAGAAGCAUCCAUGGUCUCUUUGGUUAUGGACGUCUGAUCUUCCUGGAGCCGGAACGGACGCCUCUAUCCUCUUUCAGAUCUAUGGAGACAAGGGCAAGUCAGAUGAAAUGAAGUUGAACAACAAAACAGACAAUUUUGAGCAGGGUCAGCUUGACAAGUUUAUGAUUGAACUGCCUGACCUUGGAAAGUUGAGAAAGUUGCGAAUCUGGCAUGAGAAGAGAAAUCCAUUCGCAGGCUGGCAUCUCGGCCGGGUGACGCUAAUGAAGACAUUAACGAAGGAAAAAUUUAAAUUCCCCUGUGAUCGCUGGCUAGAUACAAAUGAAGAUGAUAACGAAGUGGUCAGGGAGCUUCCUGCUAUGGGGGAUCUUAUUGAAGAGCCACUGGCAGUCAUAAAAUAUCGGGUUACAGUCUACACUGGAACUGUCGGUGGAAGUGGGACCGAUGCCUCAGUCUUCCUGUGCCUGAUUGGUGAUUUAGGGGACACAGGUGACCGGGCCUUGAUCAACUGCAAGAACAAUGUGAACAAGUUCGAGAAGGGCAAUGCUGAUGAAUUUAUAAUUGAGGCCGUGUCAAUUGGGCAGGUGCGCAGGGUACGCAUUGGCCACGAUGGGAGAGGAGGAGGUUGUGGUUGGUUUCUAGACAAAGUCUUGGUUAGAGAGGAAGGUCAGACUGAGUCUCAAGCUGUAGAGUUCCCAUGUAACAGAUGGCUUGACCGCAAUGAGGACGAUGGUCAGAUUGUUCGGGAGUUAGUUCCAUUCGCUGAUGGUCAAAGACUAUUUAAUGUCAGCUAUCAUGUCGCAGUGAAGACAGGCAACAUCAGCGGCGGCAGCUCAGACUCCAAGGUCUUUGUAAAGUUAUAUGGAGAGAAGGGUGACACCAGUCGAAUGAUGCUGGUCGUCUCCGACAAUAACCUGGGGAACUACUUUGAAACCGGGAGAGUGGAUAUCUUCACCGUUGACACAUAUGACAUUGGACAAAUCAACCGUCUGAUGAUAGGCCACACCAACGAAGGCAUGAGGGCAGGCUGGUUUCUGGACAGUGUGCAGAUCAUGGUGCCCAAUCACGGAAAUCACUACAUGUUUCCCAGCCAUCGCUGGCUUUCCGAAGAUGAGGCUGAUGGCAAAACUGAAGUGGAGAUCUACCCCAGUGAAAUACUGGACCUGGAAGAAUUGAAAAACUAUGAGAUCACAGUGUAUACGGGUGACGUGUUUGCAGCAGGAACAAAUGCCAAUAUUUAUAUCCAAAUAUAUGGAGAUCAAGGGAAGACUGAAGUUAUCACUUUGAAAAGCAGGUCCAAUAACUUCGAAAGAGGGACAAGUGAUACAUUCAAGAUUGAGGCUAAAGAUGUGGGGAGCAUCUUUAAAGUCCGCAUUGGUCACGAUGGAACAGGAAUUGGUGCUGGAUGGUUUCUGGAGAAAGUAGAGCUAAAGUACCUGAUUAUGGCCCUGGUGAAGAAAGAGAAGAAAGAGGACAAGAAGAAAAACAAAAAGAAGAAAAAGAAGGAUGAGGACGAGGAUGAGGAAGGCGAGGAGGUGAUGCAGGAGGUGGUGAAGACACUUACCUUCCCUUGUGAGCGCUGGCUGGCUGACGAUGAGGAGGACCGGGAGCUGGUAGUGGAACUUCUACCUGAGGAUAAUGAGGACCUGGAGGAGGUGACGUACGAGCUGAGUGUCUUUACGGGGGACAUGAUGGGUGUUGGGACCGAUGCUCAUGUUUUCAUCAACAUCUACGGCGAGAAAGGCGACACUGGCGAGCGCCCCCUGAAGAAAUCCAACAACGUCAAUAAGUUUGAGCGAGGCCAGGAAGACGUGUUCUCCAUAACAGCGAUUGAUCUGGGGGUUUUGAAAAAGCUAAGGAUCCGUCACACUAACAACCAGACCAACUCUGCCUGGUAUCUGGACCGAGUGGAGAUUACAGACAAUAAUGAAGACGUCACGUAUUACUUCCCAUGCAAUCGCUGGCUGGCUGUGGAUGAAGACGAUGGGCAGAUUGCCAGAGAGCUGGUGCCUGUAGAUGAGGCCUUUAUGAAGAAGGAUGAAGACGAGGAAGGCUCAGGAGCAACUCUAGGGCUUGAGCAGAAAGCCAUGUCAACCACAUACACACUGCGGAUCAAGACUGGAGAGAAGAAAUAUGCUGGAACCGAUGCCAAUGUUUUUGCCAUUCUUUUUGGAGAGUAUGAUGACACAGGAACAAUUAACCUAAAGGCAUGUAAAUCUCAUAAGAAUAAGUUCGAGCAAGGAAUGAUUGAUGAGUUCACGGUGGAAGCCGUUGAUCUGGGAGAACUUCAGAAGAUCAGGAUUGGGCAUGACAACAAAGGUGGAUCAUCUGGUUGGUUCUUGGACUGGGUGGAGAUUAAUGCACCUUCACAAGGUCAGAAACUCCGUUUCCCAUGUGGCCGCUGGCUGGAUAAGGGAGAAGAUGAUGGAGCCAUAGUCAGAGACUUGUAUCCAGCUGAACUACAGACUGAGGUUUACACUCCAUUUGUGCCUUACGAAAUCUCCAUCUUCACCAGCGAUGUCUUUGGAGCGGGGACGGACGCAGAUGUCUUUAUUGUUCUUUAUGGACAGAACAGUGUUUGCACUCAGCAGAAGUAUCUCUGUGUGAAUAAAAGAGAAAGGCGCAUGUACUUUGAGAGGGGAGCAGAGGACAUGUUUAUUGUGGAGCUGGAAGACAUAGGUGACAUCAUUGAGAAGAUUCGCAUUGGACAUGACAACAGUGGCACAAACCCUGGAUGGCAUCUAGACCGAGUGGAAAUUAGAAGGCUUUUAAGGAAAGGAAAGGGCUCAGAGACUACCAUCUUUCCCUGUGAGCGAUGGCUGGCUAAGUCUGAAGAUGAUGGUGAGACGGUGAGAGAGCUGGUGCCUUCAGAUAUCAUCACUGAGAAGCUCCUGAGAGACGGAACAUUAAAGACCACAGAGACAGAGGUGGAUGAUGCACUGGAGACUCACACAUAUAAAGUAUCUGUGAGAACAGGCGACAUGCACGGGGCAGGUACGGAUGCCAACGUGUUCCUAACCAUGUACGGAGAUCUUGGUGAUACAGGAGAGCGCAAGCUCAGCAAAUCGGAGACCGGCAAAAACAAGUUUGAGAGAGGAGCAGUUGAUAAGUUCAGCAUUGAAGCCGUGGACCUGGGUCAGAUCUUUAAAAUCAAAGUACGCCAUGACAAUUCUAUGCUAGGUGCAGACUGGUACUUGGACCAGGUAGAAGUUGUAGAUAUCGACACAGAGGAGGUCUACAUGUUCUUAUGUGAGAGGUGGCUGUCGAAAAAGAAGGAAGAUAAACAGAUCGAGAGAACAUUUUUUGUGAAGGGUUAUGAAGGUGAACGAAAUCCCCAAAACACGAAGAAAGCUGUACAAAACUCGAAAUCAGGUCUGGAUAGCAAUAUGAACAAAAAGAAAAAGAAGAAGAAAGCAGCGGUUGUAGAAGAGGGUCCAGUGAUUCCAUACCACUUCACGAUAUCAACGGGGGCAGAUCGGGAUGCCAGUACCACCAGUCGGGUGUAUGUAAUCAUAAUGGGUCCGGGCGAUCUGGAAACAGAGCGGCUCUGGCUCGACCUUCCUGAAGGAAAGAAGUGCUUUGCUUCUGAUAGUAUGGAGAACUUUGAAAGCUACGGUUUGGAUGUAGGAGAAAUUAAGAGGGUAGAGUUAGGCCACAAUGGAGCCACUCCAGAGAGUUGCUGGCUGGUCGAUGAGUUGUCUGUGGCAGUGCCAACCAAGGGCAUUAAGUACAUAUUUCCAUGCAAGUGUUGGCUUGCCAAAGACAGAGGAGAUGGUCUUACAGCGAGAGUCUUUAACAUUCUUGAUGCCACUACUAUCAGUAUCAUUCAAAAGGUCAUCUAUGAGAUCACUGUUGUUACAGGAGAUACCCAAUAUGCAGGGACAGAUACCAAUAUAUUCAUAACUGUGUUUGGGGCCAACGGAACUACCGAGGAGAUCCUGCUACAGAAGAAUGGAGACAGGUUUGAGAGAGAUCAGGAGGACACGUUUAACCUGGAGGUUGAUGAUAUCGCUCCUCUUAAAAAGUUAAGAGUUCGCAUUGACGGGACAGGAAGUCGACCCGAUUGGUUCCUUGACAAGAUUAUCUUGCGGAACCUGAGUACAGAAGAAGUGUCAGUUUUCACCUAUGAGAACUGGCUGUCCAAAACUAAAGGGCCCAGAAGGACAAAGGUGUGUGAGCUCCCCGCUGUGGUGGAUGACGAGGAGAUGGUGGAGAAAACCACCUACAUCAUUCAGGUUAAAACCAGUGACAUCGCUGGUGCGGGCACAGACGCUAACGUGUUCCUGAUUGUGUUUGGGGAGAACGGAGACACUGGCACUUUAGCACUGAAGGAGAGCACCAACAGGAACAAAUUUGAGCGCAACCAAGCGGAUGUGUUCCGCUUUAGCGACAUCCUCAGCCUGGGAGAGCUUUCUAAAGUCCGAGUGUGGCAUGACAACAAGGGUCCUGGUCCUGGUUGGCAUUUAGAAGGCAUUGAUGUAAAAGACGAUAUCAUGAAUGAAACCUUCCGCUUCCCUUGUGACCGCUGGCUAGCCAAAAAUGAGGACGAUGGUCAAAUAAUGAGGGAGCUGGCAUGUGCCAACAAUGAUGUUCUAGACCUUAGUGACAAGACAAAAUAUGAAAUUGACGUUACAACAGCCAGCUCUGACGGAGCAGAGACGAAGGAGAAUGUGUGGAUAGUGCUUGAGGGGAAGCGAGCCCGUUCAAAGGAGUUUAUGAUGGAGAACUCUUCAAAGAAAAAGAGAUUCUUGCGGGGUGCAACGGAUUCGUUUGAGUUUUCCUCCAAAACUCUGGGAGAAAUUGUCGGCAUCACUUUGGGCCAUUUAACAAAAGAAAAGAAAGUGAAGAAUGAGUCGUACUGGCAUGUUCAUGAAGUGGUGGUGACUGAAAAAGAACUGCGGAAUAAGUACGUUUUCCACUGCGAUGCCCGCAUCCCUCUAUCUGCAAAGAAAGACGAGUACAUGACCUUCGAGUGCAGCAAGUCCAUUGAGAGCUUUGCCAGUAAAGUCCGCAGCCUGGUCCCCGUCAAAUACGAGAUCAUCGUCAUCACCGGUGAUGUGAAAGGAGCAGGGACAGAUGCCAACGUCUUCGUCACCAUCUACGGAGUCAACGGAGACUCCGGGAAGCGGGCGCUGAAGCAGAAGUUCAGGAACCUGUUCGAGAGAGGCCGCACCGACCGCUUCGUCCUGGAGAUGCUGGACUUGGGUGACCUGCUGAGAGUGAAAGUGGAGCACGACAACACCAGCCAAACACCUGGCUGGUACCUGGAGUGUGUGGAGAUUACAAACACUGCCAACUGGGUGACCACUAUCUUCGUCUGUGGAAAGUGGUUGGACACGGCUAAAGGGGAUGGAAAAAUUGAAAGGGUUUUGUACCCAAAGUACUGACUGACACUCACACUUUUUUAUUCAGAUUUGUUUACGCAGGUCAGUACUUUUGUUUCAUUUCAGUUUAAAACAGACAAAUGAGUUGUAUUUGUACUUUUUUUAAACAGCAAUGAAAGCCAAUGUUUGCGAGAAAGCAAAACAGCUGUUUUAUCUAAAUAACGCACAGACUAAUAAACCAUUUUGAAGCAUUUUAAACAUUUUAUUUGAAAAACACAUACAAAAAGGUCAUAUACAAGACAAGAAAUUAAAAAAGAAAGAACAGUUUGGGUUAAGCUAUGCAACUUUUUGCAUCAUUAGUAAUAAAUACAGUACAAAAUC